GGUUCGUGUCUUAAGUGAAAAUCGUAGAGUGGCUCUUGGUACUGUGACAUGUCUUAACACUCCCAAAAAGGCUUUUUGAUGAAAUCAAAACCUGGAAACAAAACAAAGUUUCAGCUCCAUAGGGCUCCCACUCAUUCUGGACUAUCUCGUGAGCCCCCCGCUACGAUAUCCUGCUAUUGGCUACCUUUGUGAGACGUAGUGUUGGACACCAGCGAAGCAGUGAACUGUGUUUCUUAAACCUAAGUAAGUGUAGCUGUUGUGGUAAAGUUGAGGGGCCUCUAACUUUCGUAACAAGCACCACAACACAUAGGAGAACUCCCCUAAUGACAGCAGCUCCUCACUUUUUGGUUGUAACCUGCAAGCUGUGCAUCAGGCAUGUCAGAGGUACUUACUUUGCGCUCACGAGUACCCACAACAUAGACCUAGCAUCAGACCACAGACAGUCAGCAGAUGUGCUGCAGAGUUAUACAACUGUAAAUGAGCAGAAAACCACACAUGGGGAGAGAGGAAAGCCUAGUUUUUACUGAAUGGGGAAGUCCUCAGGAGGUCCCCAAAUUCCAGGUAGGGUCUAGAGUCCAUUUAAUAUUUCCAAAUUGUACUAUUUGGUUUACUGGAGCAUUUCCAGUUCCGGAAAAAACAAUCCUGAUUUUAUUUUUGCACCCAGGCAGCUCGUUCAGCUCAUGCUGCCAUCUCCAGAACAAAUGCAUCAGCAUCGAGCUGGGAGGAAAACAUUAAAGCUCAGAGAGCCUGGAUGUUGCAGAAGACAUGACAGCUGCAGGCUUUUAUUUUGAAUCUGUAAGACCUGAUAAUAACAGAGUUUGAUGCAUGAGGGGUGGUUAAUGUAGGUGAGCUGUAUACCUUUAGCAUGCGUGAGCGGUGCAGUAGCAAGGCUUGGUUUGUGCUGAUGAGGAUUAUAUUCAAGUAAUACGGCUGCUGUCUGCAGUUGAAACGAUGACACUCGCAGUACUGAAGCUGGUGCUGCUGUAACAAGGUGGGCACUGUGGUAAAAAGGCAGAUUUUUGCCAUGAUGUGGCGCGUGCUGCAGUAAUAAGGCACAUACUGCAGUAAUAAGAUAUAUGUUCGGUAAAGGUGCGAAGCGAAAGCUGGACGAGGAUGAAGAGGGGCUGGAAGGCAAAACGCUGGAGGCGCCGGUGGCGGGAGGGGGGCUAGGCGUCACUCCAGAAGGUCUUUCGAAGGUGUCGUACACCUUGCAGCGGCAGACCAUCUUUAACAUCUCUCUGAUGAAGCUGUACAGCCAACGGCCGCUGGGAGAACCCAGCCUGGAGCGCCGCGUCCUCAUCAACAACAUGCUCCGCCGCAUCCAGGACGAACUCAAGCAAGAGGGCUCCCUGCGGCCACUUCUCCUUCCGCCCUCGCCGCCACCCGACGACCCCAUGGACGAAGGCUUCCGUGAGGCGCCGCCGUCUUUCGGCGUUCUGUCAGCGGCAACGAGCACACAGGUAUCCCAGCCUUCUGCACUGCUGAUGCCAGCGAUUGCUCCUCCGCCUUCACCCCACCCAAUGGUGCCUCCCAACUGCCAGGUAUCCCAGGCCUGCCCCAGCCGUCUGGAGGCCUGUCCUGCCCCUUUGGAGGCCUGCCUCACUCCUGCCUCUUUACUGGAGGAGGAUGGUGGAGAUUCAGCCUUUUGCGCGGUAUCUCCACCCACCCCUCCGCUGUCACCACCCCCAGUGCAGCCUCCCAUUUCAGCACCUCUGAGCCAGGCCCCCUCUGUCCCUGUGCCUGUCUUUUCCUCCUCUCUGAGUGACAUGGAGUUGGGUCCUCCUACAGCCAUAACAAGGACAGCAGCAGCUAAUACUACGACCAUGACUACCUCCCCAGCUCCCACACCAACCACCCAACUCCUCCCACCUACACCCACCGGCUCACCCAGAGACUGCAGGACUACGGGUGCUAAACCAGAGGCAGCUGCCGUUUUCCUAGUGGAAGGCCGCUGUGCUGAGCUCCGGCCAAUGGACACUCUCCCUGCAGUGCCCCCAGGUGUCCUGGUAGACGUUUCCUCCUCUCCUUCUUGUCCCCCGUCCUCUUCCUCGCCCUUUCUCUCAGACUUGGCGUUGGAUGAUGUCCUGUUCGCCGACAUUGACACAUCCAUGUAUGACUUUGACCCUUGCACGACAGCAGGGGGAGCAGGGGGUGGGACAGCAAGCACCGGCGGCCUCGCCAAAGUGUCGCCAGUGGUGACGGCGGACGACCUACUCAAAUCGUUGGGGGCACCGUACAGCGGCCCUGCCCCCCAGGUUUCAGCCAAUCAGCCUUUCAAAAUUGAUCUGACAGAAUUGGACCACAUCAUGGAGGUGUUGGUGGGCUCCUGACUCAAGGAUGCCCCCCCCCUGAGAAACAGUUUAAUCAGACUGGAAUGAAAACGUGGGAUCGAUUUUUUUCCUGGUUGUUGUUUUUACAUUGUUUUUUUUUAAAAACUCUCUUCAAAAGUCGGUAAUUGUAAACAUCGAUGGUGAUGUCAGUUAGUACUACUAUGACAACUACUACUACUACUACUACACAACACUGUGCAUGCACUGUCCUCGCCUUUCCAAAUAUGGAAAAGAAGUAACCGGGAAACAAACACAUAUAAUUGUAUUUCUAUACUUGUGAGGACCUCCUUUGACUUCCUUCAUUCCCGAAACCUAAUCCUCUUUGUAAUCUUUAACUUUAAUCUAAGCCUUAACCCUAAGGAGUAACUGUAAAUAGAAGCAAUGAAAUUGUCCUUGUUGUGGACAACUCUAUCUACCCUUGUGGGGACACUUACUCCUCACAGGUAAAGAAAUACAAGCAUAAACAUGAGACACACACACACACACUGUAAUUAUGGCUUUUAGCAGAUGAGUGCCUUUCAAAAUGACCACUUAUUCAAUUCCUGUUUUUACAGUAUUUUUUUUCUUUCGUUUUAACAGCUUAGAGAGGUCACUCCUUAAUGUUUUUUGUUUAAUUUAUUGUAUUGAAACUAUCGUUAAGUAAGGUAAUUUCUCAUGAUCAAAUAGUAAUUAUUUAAUCUCUAUCUUAUUACAGAUGCUAUGUUUUAUUUGUAAAGCAAGCAUAAAAAGGAAUAUGUAGUUUUACCAGUGUGCUAGAUGACAUAUUAGCUUGGCUAUACGAUUACAGUUUGGGAGUGGCUCUGCGACGCCUCGCCUGGUAAACUCUUUUUGUACACAUCAUGUCUAUGAAUUCAGUGCAGGACCUUCGUUUUUUGUUUUUUUCUUCCUUCUCCUUAUCAGCAAGCACAUAUAACUGUGCUGGAUGCUGUUUUACAUGCGUUCGGUCAUAUGAGCUAGUUAUCAUGAUUCACUUGCAGCAGAAUUCAAAUGAGCUACACCCACAGGGGAAAGCUCGGCGUGUUUACAUUGGAAGCAGCAGCAGCAGCAGCAGCACCGACUCAUGGCUCCCAGUUGGAUGUAGAUGAUGUGAAAAGUGCAGCCUAAGCAGAGGCUCAGGGCCCACUACACGCAUGUUAAAUUUAGCUGCGCAGGCCUGAAAACAAAACAGCUGUUACCCCAUUGCAGGGAAAUUCACUGUGGUACCACUGCAACUCUUGGAAUUACACAAGAAAAAUGUGGGCGUUUAGUAGGACUACUAUUUUUUGGGUGAGGUUUAGUUCCCUCUGAUUUAGCAACACAGGUGACUGGCAAAUUGUAGCAGGACAUACAGUAUUACACACACCCUGAGUAUGUUUACUUGUGCUUAGAAUAGAAGCCCUAAAGUGCAAAAUCUCACGGUUCUGCGGGACAAUUUUGAGAUUGCCUCAAAAAGCUCACGGGCCAGGAGGUCUAAAUCUGACUCGUAAAUAAUAAGAAUGCGGGUGAAGUAGGAAACCCAAACCACAGUGUUAACCUGAUACUGCAACCAUGCAAAGUGUUGUUUCAAAACACUUCCAACCACCACCCAGCAGAGGUCACCAUUGAAUAUUUAUGGCAUUAAAACACAAAACUGGCAGUUAAGUGAUUCUGAGUAACAGUUGUCUGUGGGUUUAAGGUACAUAUUACACAGAAUCAUCUAGUGAAAGUAUAGAAGGGGCACCAGAGAACACAGCUUUAAUGUUAGUCACCAUUGUAGCUGCUGUGUGCUGUAUUUUCUCAUCAUACAGCAUCUGUCAGAAGAAGCAUUUCUGGACACUGUAAUGAUCCAGAGGGCUGGGGAAUGCCACCAGUGGCUAUUUUGAUCAUGGAAGCGUUUUUCAGCAAGUCACCGUAAGAACCCCUGAACCCUUGUGUGUUUGCCAGCACAACUUUGCGGUGGUCUCGCUGUAUUGUUUGAGAACAUUGUGUUCCAGUGGAAGAUCAUCAGCUUCCCAGGGUACAUUUGACUUCAACUAGCCUGUAAAAGGAUGGCAUUUUAAACCGAAGCAGAGUGUGAGCCGAGCACAUGGCAGCACCAACUAAUACCAUUUCUAGAUGACCGUAUCUUGUUGCUUUCACCAUAUUUAAAUUUUGGAGUGCUUGUUUUUCUUUCCUUUUUUUAAAUUGUCAUUGAAGUUAUUUAUUCGUAUGGAUUUUUCCCCCUUUUUUUGUAAAUAUAUUUAUUUUUUAUGUGAACAUUUGGAUUGUAAAUGUGUGUACAGAAUGUGUGGUAGGAAUGUACUUCAAAAAGGAAUGUAUCCGAGUGUGGAACUAUGGGGUGGAAGCCAUUUUUUUAUAUACAUAGAUAAUUAUAUUAUCUUGUUUAUGUUUGUUUUGUUGCAUUGUUAUCGUUUUUUGUUUUUUUGAUUUCUGGGGUGGCAGCCACAACUUUUUACAUCUUUUGUACUCUCUUGUUCAUCACUUUCCAGUUGAAGGCGAAGAGUUCAUGCAGCAAUACUCAAAAAGCCCAUCUCAAACCUUCAGAUGUCAAGUCUCCAAAGCCUGUCAGAUGCUCUGAUGCCAAAAGUAAUGUACAUAGUAUGAACAACAUUCAAGGUUCUGAGUCUUUUUCGAUCAGUGUUUGUCACCGAAUCGGUUUAAGCGCUGUCCGAGCGUGCGGCAAUUUCUAACCGCAGAUAAGGACUGACCACAGUCGAGGCUGAGUCCCUCUGCAAAGGCUGUAUUUUACACAGACCUCAGAGCUGUGCCUUUUUCUAUGCAAUAGAACACAAACACACACAGAGAAACUAUCAGCUGAUCACUGUAUUGGGAUCCAAAUGUGGACUGUAGAUAAUAUAUACAUAUAUAUGUAUAUGUAUAUUGAUAUAUUGAUAUAUGUAUAUAUAUACAUACAUAUAUAUGUAUACAUAGUAAAUGAAAUAAAAGUACAGCUG